AUGGAUCAGCAUAUAGUCUCUAGCUGCCUAAAGUUCUUAGACACUGCUAUUUUAUAUGACACCGACUCCACCUCAUGGAUGUGCCUUGCACCUGCAAAGGUUGGGGAUUCACCUGCUUCCCAUAAAUGGGAAGACGUACUUGAGAUGAUCGAUGACCUUACUAGAUGCUUAACAAAUGAAAAAGAGUUGCUUUUACAUGUUACAAAGCUUGAGGUAAUGAAAGAAGAGCUUUUUCAGAUCAAGGAUGUUCUCCUUGAUAAAAAAUCGGAUACAAGGAGACUCGGCAUCAAAGAAAGUUCAGUGCAGAAGAAAAUAUCAAAGACAUUGGGUCAUUCGUCUCAAUGCUUGUGCACACUUCUAUUGUAUUAUCUCUAUGGUAGAGUGACAGAUAUUGAAGUAGAACUCCGUGGUGGGGUUUAUGGGAGUGGUAGUGAGGAUAAAUUUUGCUUAUAUAUGGGGAAGAUUUUGACAUCAGGUGUGGAGAAGAUGGUAUGGAGUGGGGUGAAACAGUUGGACAGGGCUCUGGAGUUGCAAGGCCAUUUAUGGUGUGUUGGGUCCGAGGACAGGUUGCUUAAAUAUAGAGGAAAUAUGUUCUUUUUACGUGGGAUCAGUCUUUAA